AUGUUAGAAGAAAAUUCUGUCAAAUAUGAAAAAGAAACCACUGUACCAGGCGUAAAUCCAAGCUCUAAAGACGAAAAAGAAUCCAAAGUACCGGAUUUAAUUCCAACCUUUAAAGAUGUGGCACUAUCUACCAUUAAAACUACUACCGAAAAACUUGAAGAUGGUAUUGAGAAUGCAGCUACUAAGUUAGAAAAACUUGGGGAUGAUAUUGAAAAUGCCACUAACAAAAUUGAAAAUCUUGAAAGUGGUAUUGGAGGUAAAAUAGAUAUGGUAGUUCAAGAAAUUUCCAUCAUAAAAUCUCAAAUUGAUAAAAAGCAAUCUGGCGAAAUCACUGUGCCAACAAUUGAUGCAAAGGAACUAGUUAAUCCUCCCCAUCCAGAAAGUGCCGACUUGCGUGGUUUACAUCGUCCUCUCCAUAAAAAAUUUUAUAAAGGUUUUGAGGUUGCAAACUUGUCCUAG